AUGAAGGAGAUCUCCCCGAUCCACUCGUCACCUAUCACUCAAAACCCAUUCGUACCGUCACCUUCACGCCUCCUCUCUUUCUUCCCUUUUUUUUUACCUUUUUCCUUCUUUCAACUUCCCGUCAGCCCCAGAGUAACACAUUUCGCACGUUUUGUCAAUCAUGUGAUGAUCCACGUCAAGGGCACCAGCCCCGAGGAACACCUGAUUGAUGAGUUUGACAAGAGUCAGAAAACAGAAACUGGAAUGGAAGAGAUGAUUGACGGGGGAAGAGGGCCGGUGGCUCGGCUUAUUGUCACGUUUCUAAAAGCCCUGUAA